AUGGGUGGAAUUGCAAUGUUCAAUGCAUAUGAAUUUGGUGAGGCGUUGUCCGCUUCUUCACCGUCUUUAUCUUCCCCAUUUUUGAAUGUGCUUAUUGUCUCUUCAGUUCUGGCCACCCGCCGGCCGCCGUCCACAGUCCAGCAAGAGUCAACCUCUCAGCAGGCGUCCACCGUCCACCAGUCGUCCAACCAUUAUUCGACCUCCCAACUGGCGGCGGAUGGUAGUUCGGCGGUGGCUCCAUCGCCGGAGGUAGCGGAAAUAAAACAGAAUAAGGAGGGUGAGACUGUGAUCCCAAAUCUGGGAGCUGACUAUGAUAAAAAUGAGGCGUCUGAGGCCUCAAAGCAGAUAGAAGGAAACGUAGACCAAACGCGUGACUGCGAUCGCGAAGGUCAAAGGAAAAUGCGAUCGGAGGAUAUCAUUAUGGAACGACCGGAUGGUGCGACAUUAGAAACGCUAAUGGAGAAAAACUUUGAGAAGUCAAUCAAUGACAUUCGAUUGCAACAUGCAAAGGCAAAAGAGGCUAUGGCGGGAAUUCUAAAAGAAAAUCGAGCUGUUGAAGUGGAGAUGGAGCCAGUGACUGCGAAGGAAGUCACAUUUGCUGCGACAAUGUCUGUGAUCGGAAAGGGGGAUCCAUCUUCAUCCAAAGAGAAGGAGGCUAUGGAGGAUCGAUCGAGAUCUCCCAACUGUCCGUGCUUGAGAAGGAACGAAGAGAAAACAAAGCCUACAAAACAUAGUAUGCGGGAACUGAGAGCAUUAGGCUUGACUCCUCACUUCUUGAGGCUACUGAGAGACAGUCAUAACCUCUUUGAGGUGCUUAACGAAGGCGGCUUGGCGGCCUUCACCCUUCUCUCAUUGGAUGAAGGAUUUGAAGGCAGCCAUCAUUUUCUACUAAUCAAUGAUGACUUUAUGUAUUUUAGUAUGUACUUAUUAAAUCCAAUUUUAAUUAGGCAUUAAUGUGUAGAAUUAUGUAUGGUGUUACCUUAUAAUAUUUUGUAACCUCAAUACUAUUAUUUUCUAACCUCUAUAAUGUAAUAUAUUUUACACG